GCUGAGCAAGCCUGGAUGCGAGAGACAGGGUCAGGUGACCAUGAAGGAGAGCUGAAGGUUACCGAGGAACUGAGAGGUGAGGAAAGGGAGAAAGAGGGGAGGUGAGGGAGAGGGAGAGAGAAAGGAGGGGAGGAGAGGAGAGAGAGUGGGAUGGAGAGGAAAGGGAGAGCGAAAGCGAGAGAAAGACAGAGAGAGACAGAAUGAAGAGGAAAAAAGGAGGAGUGUGCAUUUUCUGGAGAGAGCACUGAAGAGCUGCAGAGACAGCGAGAAUGGGAGAAUGCCUCUAACAUCCCUAGUGGCCUUUUUCACUUUCUCUCUUUCUCUCUCGUUCUCUCUCUGCUAAUAACUGCCUGUAUCUUAUUGUCUGAGUGCUUUCAGUCUCUCUCUCUCUCCUCACUUUACCUCACUGUUUUCCUUGACAAUACUCUGAAAAAAAAAAAAAAAAAAAAAUCUCUAAAGUAUCUCCUACAUUGGGCUCUGGGCUCUGGCAGCGCCUGCAUGCGUCCGUCACGGCUUCACUGUUUUAAGGAAUCAGCCGUCCAGAAACGGGGGCUAAAUUUUUUAUGAGAAUGUAAAAAGGUCAGCCUUUCUUUGUUUUUCGCCUUUCAAACACACUCAGAGCUCAGCUUUGAUGGCUCUUUGUUUGCAUUUAGAACCUGCAAAGUACAACAGAGGAGGCUGGCCCUAUUCUCCAAACAAGAGCUAUACACCUUAUGUGACCUGUAUGUAUUCUGACUGUCUCUGCUAAGAGGGAUCCAGCCAUUGUCCAUCCAUUCCCUCUGUAAUGGCUGACGAUGGAGCUGGUUGUAUUUAUAUUUAUGAGAGCUUCAGGCUAACUCUUAGCAUGUAUUAAUGCUUUGAUGAGCCACCUGCAGCUGCCUAGCUGGUCUGAGAGCUAUUGAUCUGUGUGUUAAACACAGUGGUAAAUACAGCGAGGACACACACUCACUCACACUCACUCACACACGCACACACACACACACACACACACACACACACACACACACACACACACACACACACACACACACACACACACACACACACACACACACACACACACACACAAAUCAAAUCAAAUUGUAUUGGUCACAUGCGCCGAAUACAACAGGUGCAGACAUUACAGUGAAAUGCUUACUUACAGCCCUUAACCAACAGUGCAUUUAUUUAUAACAAAAAAAGUAAAAAUAAAACAACAACAAAAAAAGUGUUGAGAAAAAAAGAGCAGAAGUAAAAUAAAAUAACAGUAGGGAGGCUAUAUAUACAGGGGGGUACCGGAGCAGAGUCAAUGUGCGGGGGCACCGGCUAGUUGAGGUAGUUGAAGUAAUAUGUACAUGUGGGUAGAGUUAAAGUGACUAUGCAUAAAUAAUUAACAGAGUAGCAGCAGCGUAAAAAGAAUGGGGUGGGGGGGCAGUGCAAAUAGUCCGGGUAGCCAUGAUUAGCUGUUCAGGAGUCUUAUGGCUUGGGGGUAGAAGCUGUUGAGAAGUCUUUUGGACCUAGACUUGGCACUCCGGUACCGCUUGCCGUGCGGUAGCAGAGAGAACAGUCUAUGACUAGGGUGGCUGGAGUCUUUGACAAUUUUGAGGGCCUUCCUCUGACACCGCCUGGUAUAGAGGUCCUGGAUGGCAGGAAGCUUGGCCCCAGUGAUGUACUGGGCCAUACGCACUACCCUCUGUAGUGCCUUGUGGUCGGAGGCCAAGCAGUUGCCAUACCAGGCGGUGAUGCAACCAGUCAGGAUGCUCUCGAUGGUGCAGCUGUAGAAUUUUUUGAGGAUCUGAGGACCCAUGCCAAAUCUUUUCAGUCUCCUGAGGGGGAAUAGGCUUUGUCAUGCCCUCUUCACGACUGUCUUGGUGUGUUUGGACCAUGAUAGUUUGUUGGUGAUGUGGACACCAAGGAACUUGAAGCUCUCAACCUGUUCCACUACAGCCCCGUCGAUGAGAAUGGGGGCGUGCUCAGUCCUCUUUUUUUUCCUGUAGUCCACAAUCAUCUCCUUUGUCUUGGUCACGUUGAGGGAGAGGUUGUUGUCCUGGCACCACACGGCCAGGUCUCUGACCUCCUCCCUAUAGGCUGUCUCAUCGUUGUCGGUGAUCAGGCCUACCACUGUUUUGUCAUCGGCAAACUUAAUGAUGGUGUUGGAGUCGUGCCUGGCCAUGCAGUCAUGGGUGAACAGAGAGUACAGGAGGGGACUGAGCACGCACCCCUGAGGGGCCCCCGUGUUGAGGAUCAGUGUGGCAGAUGUGUUGUUACCUACCCUUACCACCUGGGGGCGGCCCGUCAGGAAGUCCAGGAUCCAGUUGCAGAGGGAGGUGUUUAGUCCCAGGAUCCUUAGCUUAGUGAUGAGCUUAGAGGGCACUAUGGUGUUGAAGCUGAGCUGUAGUCAAUGAAUAGCAUUCUCACAUAGGUGUUCCUCUUGUCCAGGUGGGAAAGGGCAGUGUGGAGUGCAAUAGAGAUUGCAUCAUCUGUGGAUCUGUUGGGGCGGUAUGCAAAUUGGAGUGGGUCUAAGGUUAUCUUAGUGUCCUUGGGCACGGGGACUAUGUUGGUCUGCUUGAAACAUGUUGGUAUUACAGACUCAGUCAGGGACAUGUUGAAAAUGUCAGUGAAGACACUUGCCAGUUGGUCAGCACAUGCUCGGAGUACACGUCCUGGUAAUCCAUCUGGCCCUGCGGCCUUGUGAAUGUUGACCUGCUUAAAAGUCUUACUCACAUUGGCUACGGAGAGCGUGAUCACAUAGUCAUCCGGAACAGCUGGUGCUCUCAUGCAUGCUUCAGUGUUGCUUGCCUCGAAGCGAGCAUAGAAGUGGUUUAGCUCGUCUGGUAGGCUUGUGUCACUGGGCAGCUCGCGGCUGUGCUUCCCUUUGUAGUCUGUAAUAGUUUUCAAGCCCUGCCACAUCCGACGAGCGUCAGAGCCAGUGUAGUACGAUUCAAUCUUAGUCCUGUAUUGACUCUUUGCCUUUUUGAUGGUUCGUCGGAGGGCAUAGCGGGAUUUCUUAUAAGCGUCCGGGUUAGAGUCCCAUUCCUUGAAAGCGGCAGCUCUACCCUUUAGCUCAGUGCGGAUGUUUCCUGUAAUCCAUGGCUUCUGGUUGGGGUAUGUACGUACGGUCACUGUGGGGACGACAUCAUCGAUGCACUUAUUGACACACACACGCACACACACACACAUGAACACAUGCACACACAUACACACACUGACUUCAGGACUGAUACAGGGGCAAAAUUGGUGUGCCGCCGGCCGCUCUGGUCCAUGGCUGUGUUGUGGAGCAUGCAGUUACUACACCAUGCUAUUCAGACCACUCAUCAAUCAGCCAUGUGAUACUUGGUUGUGUGUGUGUGCUCCCAAACAGCCAAUCUAUUGAACUGUUAAUGUUGGGGUCUCACGGUUUCCUGUUAGCCGAUCAAUAUGGUGCAGUGCUAGACGUCCAUAAGGAUGGAGCACUCUUGCAUUUCCCUUCGCUAUUCAAUGCUUAUGGAAGUCUCAAUACAGUUCAUGAUCAUAUAAUUUUGGUAAGAAACUAAAACAACACCUGCCAUCCAAUCUUGAGCUCCCCCAUGUCUGUAGGUUUGAGGUACAAAUAGUUCUGUGACUAUGUGUAUAUAAAGGAAAUCCUGUGCAUUUAGGUAUGUGUGAAGUGAGUGUUUAAAUGCAAUAUCUGCACAACAAACAUGAAUAUUAUGCAAGUAUUUGUAUAUGCUAUACCAGACUAGGUGGAAGCAGGUUGUGGUGGUUGGAGCCCUUGUUAGGAAUUGAUGAAGCACUCAAAUGUUUGUUCCCAGAGGAGGGGGAUUGGCAGCACAGGCAGGCAUGUAGGUAGGCUGGGUAGAGACAGGGCAGGGAAUGAGGCAGGCUGGGUAGAGACAGGGCAGGGAAUGAGGCAGGCUGGGUAGAGACAGGACAGGUAAUGAGGCAGGCUGGGUAGAGACAGGGCAGGGAAUGAGGCAGGCUGGGUAGCGACAGGGCAGGGAAUGAGGCAGGCUGGGUAGAGACAGGGCAGGGAAUGAGGCAGGCUGGGUAGAGACAGGGCAGGGAAUGAGGCAGGCUGGGUAGAGACAGGGCAGGGAAUGAGGCAGGCUGGGUAGCGACAGGGCAGGGAAUGAGGCAGGCUGGGUAGAGACAGGGCAGGGAAUGAGGCAGGCUGGGUAGAGACAGGGCAGGGAAUGAGGCAGGCUGGGUAGAGACAGGGCAGGGAAUGAGGCAGGCUGGGUAGAGACAGGGCAGGGAAUGAGGCAGGCUGGGUAGAGACAGGGCAGGGAAUGAGGCAGGCUGGGUAGCGACAGGGCAGGGAAUGAGGCAGGCUGGGUAGAGACAGGGCAGGGAAUGAGGCAGGCUGGGUAGAGACAGGGCAGGGAAUGAGGCAGGCAGGUAGCGACAGGGCAGGGAAUGAGGCAGGCUGGGUAGAGACAGGGCAGGGAAUGAGGCAGGCUGGGUAGAGACAGGGCAGGGAAUGAGGCAGGCUGGGUAGAGACAGGGCAGGGAAUGAGGCAGGCUGGGUAGAGACAGGGCAGGGAAUGAGGCAGGCAGGUAGCGACAGGGUAGGGAGUGAAGCAGGUUGGGUAGUGACAGGCCAGGGAGUGUAGGAUCACACACCAACAGGUAGGCUUUCUACAAUGACAAGACAGGUUGUGGGAAUACUCUGGAAAAAUAUUUGUUACCUAAUUAAGUCGCUACAAACUGUGAUGAGAUGACAAACACACAACAGCAAUUCCAAUCUAUUUGCUAUUAAGAAAAAAAUACAAUUUUGGUAUCGUUCUCAACAGUUUGUUUCAUAUCCAAUAAUAAUCCAUCUAACUAAAUGACGGCCAUAUAAGAAGCAGAUAAUGUAUUUAGGAGGACUCACCCCAAAGCCCAUGUUAACAAUAAGGCAGACACACUAGGUGACAUGGAGUGCUUGCCUAGUAUCUUUGAUUUCCCAGAAGCCUUGGUGCAUGCCUACGCAGCACACCAUACCAGCUCAUAAAGGAUUGGUGCAGUAUUGGGUUGGGGGGGAAGGGGGAAGGGGUGGAGUAGCAGCAUCCACCCGCACACACGCCACGUUUCUUAGGGGGGUCGUGGCUCAGCCCUCCACCAGCAGCCCUCCAGCCGCAGUUUCCCAUCAUGCACUGUGUUUGUAAUCAGGUCUGGUGCUAUGCUGGCCCUCCCAGUUCCACUCCUCUCCCUCGGCUCCUCUGAAAUGCCUCUUAAUACUGAACAACUCUCCUUUCUCCAUUCCUCCUCACUGCAGUUGAAAAUAGCACUUUGGCCAUGCAGUCAGAGCACAAAACCAUUACAGCACCACAGACUCAAAGUGAAUUACAACAUAAGAAAUCUUAGCGAUAAAUGCAUAGUAGAGCUCUGUCUAUUCCAAAACAAAAGCGUGAUUUAAAAGCUCUACUGACAAGGCAUUCAGAUGUUUUAGUUUAGAAAUAUUGCAAAAUGGCCUCCAUUGCUAAGAUGGAGACUGGUACUUCUGGCCAUUCAUCGGUUGUUCUUUGUUAGUUUCAGUUUUUUUUUCUGAUACUCAGAAUGUUACAUUGUUAAACAACCCCCAUAAAAAUACCCCCCAAAUAAGGGGAUAGAGAAUACAUUCCUGAAAAAUCGUCUACAAAAACGUAAAAAUGCUCAGUGUUUUUUCUUCACGUUGAUCAGGAUCAGGGAUAUAUUGGUCAAAAUCAAAGGUGGCUAAAGGCUGAACGUUGGUUGAGAAGCUGGGCAGCAGAAAACCUAAACGCUACCAAUGACUAACAUUCCCUCCUCUGCUCUGUUUUCCUUGCAGUUUUCAGUGAAGAUCUACGUUCCAGCUUAUAUUUUGUCAAUGCAUCUGUGCAAGAGGUAGUGUUUGCCAGCACCACAGGGACCUCGGUGCCCUGUCCCGCCGUAGGCGUGCCCCCCGCCUCGCUGCGCUGGUACCUGGCCACCGGAGAGGAGAUCUACGAUGUCCCCGGGAUCCGCCACGUGCACCCCAAUGGCACCCUCCAGAUCUUCCACUUCAACCCCUCCAGCUUCAGCAACCUCAUCCACGACAACACCUACUAUUGCACAGCGGAGAACCCUUCAGGGAAAAUCAGGAGCCAAGAUGUCCAUAUUAAGGCUGGUGAGUUGUCCAUCUGCUUGGUUUAUGCAUACAGUAGCAGUGAUGGGAGAAUUAUUAUUAUUAUUUAAAAGAUCAUUGCUAGGUAGUUAACGUUAGCUAGCGCUAGUCUGCGGUCCCUGCGCCAAAACUCCAGUAUUUCUCCUUCUAUAGCUUGUUCUCCAUCUUCAUUUUACAUGGUGAGCCAACAUGUUUUCAGCAGUUUUAUUUCCAUGACUGAUCAAAACUUGUUUUGUUAUGGCUCUCUCUUGUCUCUGUUAGGAACAUCAAAUCGCAAUAAAAUCACAGAAUCGAAUCACAAUACAUAUAGAAUCGUGAUACAUAUCGUAAGGGCACCUAAGUAUCGUGAUAAUAUUGUAUUGUGAGGUCCCUGGCCGUUCCCAGCCCUACAGUAUAGUGGUCAGUGGUCAGUGUGGGUAAGGAAAUGGACAGUUGAUUACAGAGGUGGGAAUUAGGGCUGCAGACAGUGUGGAUAUGUUGAACAUAAGCUUGUUGGUCACUAAAUGGGGUAUAGUAUACCACUUGGGUGACUAGUGACCACCAGCUAAACAUUUCAGCUGGUGAUGUUUAGACAGGGAUGUCACAUUUGUUACGCUUGUGAGCAAAGCAGUGAAGAAAGUAAAGAAACAAAAUAUAUAGACAGCAUAUAAUUUGCCAGAACAGAAAAAAUGAAAGUAAAUUCAUUGAGGACACUCAUUUCUUGUUUCCCCCAUCUCUUCCAGUUCUACGAGAGCCCUACACGGUCCGUGUGGAGGACCAGAAAGCCAUGAGAGGCAAUGUGGCGGUGUUCAAGUGCAUUAUCCCAGCCUCGGUGGAGGCCUACAUCACUGUUGUGUCCUGGGAGAAAGACACAGUGUCAAUCAACGUCCAGAGUAAGUCUCUGCUCUCUAAUCACUACUGUAAUGUAUAUAGAGAACAUGUUAUGUAAAAAACCUUGACAAAACCAGUCUGGUAAAUGAGUAUCACACUGCAAGAAAAGAAGGCCAUAGGUCUGAGAUAGCUAAGUGUUUUGACCCCAGGGAUGUGUGGAUGUGUGGAUGUGCUUUGCCCCGUCUGUCUGCAAGGCCUUUUGAGGUCAGACUAGACUAGUAGAUUAGCGCCCCUGCCCCUUGUCCCUGUUCCAGCCAUGCAACCAACCCAUUAUGUUGUGUUGUGUGUCCACGUCUGUCGGACCCCAUGACAGAGUGUCCCUAUUUCCCUGCUGACCCAGGCUGGACGAGAGUCUUCCACGAGAGCAGGGAGGAGGGCAUGGCAGCCCUGUGGUGUCACUUAGCCUCAGUGCUAUUGACCCAGUUCUCUGGUGAUGGGAGCCAUUGCACGGUCUGCGUCGCUCGUCUACUCGAUUGUUUCCUAGCCCCCGGGGGCAUAUUCACUUUAUGUUGGGCAUUUAACAAACUCAAUAGACAAAGCUAAUGUUGUUUUGGCUUUUGAACGGAGGGCAAAUGCAGUGAUUUAUUUUUUGUUGACGUUUUACAAUUUGUCCACUGAGGUGAAAGCAACCAUGUUGAAAUCUAUAUCAAUCUCUUAAUUGUCCAUAAAUGGAUUAGCAAGCCCCCUUUAUCAAAUCAAAUCAAAUCAAAUUGUAUUUGCCACAUGCGCCUAAUACAACAGGUGUAGACAUUACCGUGAAAUGCUUACUUACAGCCCUUAACCAACAAUGCAUUUAUUUUUUUAUAAAAAAGUAAAAUAAAACAACAACAACAACAACAAAAAAGUGUUGAGAAAAAAAGAGCAGAAGUAAAAUAAAAUAACAGUAGGGAUACAUACAUACAGUAUACAUUUUACAUUUUACAUUUUAGUCAUUUAGCAGACGCUCUUAUCCAGAGCGACUUACAGUUAGUGAGUGCAUACAUUUUUCAUACAUGUUUCAUAUACUGGGGGGGUACCGGUGCAGAGUCAAUGUGCAGGGGCACCGGCUAGUUGAGGUAGUUGAGGUAGUUGAGGUAAUAUGUACAUGUGGGUAGAGUUAAAGUGACUAUGCAUAAAUAAUUAACAGAGUAGCAGCAGCGUAAAAAGAUGGGAUGGGGGUGGGGGGGCAGUGCAAAUAGUCCGGGUAGCCAUGAUUAGCUGUUCAGGAGUCUUAUGGCUUGGGGGUAGAAGCUGUUGAGAAGCCUUUUGGACCUAGACUUGGUGCUCCGGUACCGCUUGCCGUGCGGUAGCAGAGAGAACAGUCUACGACUAGGGUGGCUGGAGUCUUUGACAAUUUUGAGGGCUUUCCUCUGACACCGCCUGGUAUAGAGGUCCUGGAUGGCAGGAAGCUUGGCCCCAGUGAUGUACUGGGCCGUACGCACUACCCUCUGUAGUGCCUUGCGGUCGGAGGCCGAGCAGUUGCCAUACCAGGCGGUGAUGCAACCAGUCAGGAUGCUCUCGAUGGUGCAGCUGUAGAACUUUUUGAGGAUCUGAGGACCCAUGCCAAAUCUUUUCAGUCUCCUGAGGGGGAAUAGGCUUUGUCAUGCCCUCUUCACAACUGUCUUGGUGUGUUUGGACCAUGAUAGUUUGUUGGUGAUGUGGACACCAAGGAACUUGAAGCUCUCAACCGUCCCUCUGUAAGUCUCACUGGGGUUAGGCCCACUUUAGGCUAGGUUGCUUUGCAGAACCUAACGAUGCACCACUCAAAGAGCUCCAGUGUCUGCAUGCAUGGAAAGACGGGCUAAUGACUGUGAAAAAUACACACAUUUAAGAAGACAGUGGGUAGGAGUUGCAUUGCAGUAAAGUGCAUUGUCUAUGUCAGUGGUCGUAGGUCAACCCUGGCUGCUCUGUUCUUUAUUUGGCUCUUAUUAUUGUCCAUCCUGAUGCCUAGUCACUUUACCUGCCUUCAUGUACAUAUCUACCUCAAGUACCUCGUACCUCUGCACAUUGAUCUGGUACUGGUACUCCCUGUAUAAAGCGCCAUUCUUGUGUAUUUUAUUUUAUUCCUCUUGUGUUGCUAUUUUUAUUAUUAAACGCUGCAUUGUUGGGAAGGGCUCGUAAGCAAGUUGUAUUAGGCGCAUGUGACAAAUAAAAUUAGAUUUGAUUAGAUUUUUGGUACUGGUGAGCUACUGGGUGUGCAGGCUUUUGUUGCAGCCCAGCACUGUCUUACAGUACACAACUGAUUGAAACAAUGUACUGCUUAUCAGGACCUUGACUAGUUAAACCAGAUGGUUAAUGCAGGGCUGGAACAAAAAGCUGCACACCAUAUACUGUAGUUCUCCAGGCUCAGAGUUGAGGACCACUGAUGAAUCUAAUAGAUGAUGCAUCAUUAUACUGAACCUUUUUUCAUGACAUGGUUCAAAACACAAACAAUAUGGUAACAUCAUUUUAGAUGGAAAGACAAAAUGGUAAAGUGAUGAUUGUGUGGCAGGAAUUAUAGCAAUGAUUUGAAGAGGGGAAAAUAAGGCUCAUAUCCUAUUAAUUUGUGUCUAUAGCUACAUGCUCUCCUCUGAUAAGCAUCUGAUUCUCACUAAGAUAUGAGUGAAGAUAUAGGUGAGGAUAAAGCAAUGACACCCACACAUGUAUAUUUUCUCUGCUCUGCGGUGUGGCUGGUUGGCUGCUAUAGCAGAAUGCAGGAUCAAUCCUGUUAUGUAUUGUUCUUGAAUGUUUUCAUUCCAAUAGUGAAGGGUUCUAAGUACCUUCCAUCCACAACUGUCUUAUAGAUUUGGUCCUUCUGAGAACCAUUUUAUGAAUCUCAUCAUGCAUUCAUUCUUCUUACCUUUACUGUUUGUGAGUCGGACUUAGACAAGGGGAUAUUAUGAGAUAUGUCCAAUAGUACCAAAUCAAGUUUAUUUGUCACAGCAGGUAUAAUCAGUACAGUGAAAUGCUUGCUUGCAAUCUCUUCCUCAACAAUGCAGUCCUAUAAAAGAAAUGCACACAAUAAUCAAAUAAGUACACCCUCUGUAGAGUACUCAUGAGAAUAAUAAAAGAAAUACACACGAUAAUAUACACUAUAUACAAGGUCAGUAUCAGUACCAAUUAAUGAAAGGGAUACUGGUGGCAAGCUCUUCCUGUAUCUACAAUGCUGAUGAUACUGAGGGUCUAAUUCAACUGAAACCUCAAAAGAGCUUCUCAUAUUGCAAGAAACCAUUUUUGUUGCAUUGAUAGCCUCUGACAAAACCGUUUUUGUUUCAUGCAGAAGUAAACUCUAAAUUCUGUUGAUAUUUUAUUGAUUGACAUUCUAUUGAUAAAACCAACCCCAACAAUUAUUCUCCAUCAAUACCAAAAAUAGUGUUCUUAUUGGAUUUGUUUGUGUCGUGUUGUGUUGCUGAUUCUGCUGCUGUUGCCUCACAGAGAGAGACACAGCCCUAGCAGUGUUGCUCCAUUCCCCAGGUGCAGGCUGAGGGCUGGGCUGUGCUGCAGUCACUGAAGAAGGCCUUGUAGUGAUUUGCCGUGGCCUGAUCUGGCCUCCACUGCAUUCAGCAUGAGUGGGGCCGGACCCCAGCACUGCAGAGAGGCACACACACACACACGCUCUACACACUCUUUCUCAUUCCACACACAAGCCACACACCAGGGCCAUCGGCCAUCACAGUACAUAGCCCUUUUCUGCUCCACCCUCCCAUCUCUCUCUCUCUCUCUCUUUACCUCUCACGCCACAGUCAAUCUCUCUGUCCUUGUACUGUACUGCAAAGUGAUAAGAUACAUAAUGACAUGGGAAGUCAUCCAAUCAAUAUUCAAAAUCUACCCUCAGUUGUCUUAGUAGCAUCCUGAUACUAUCAGUAUAUACAGGGUGUCUGACUGUAUGUAUUACACCUGAUCAGUUCACACACUAUGUGAUAUAAUGGUGUUCAGAAACAACACACUAUUCAUGUUGUUCUUAUUCCUGUCUUAUUGGUAUUCAUGCAAGCUUCCCUGAUGUCUUCUUCUGGUUGGGAGUUCGACACUGUUGCCUAUCUAUCUGUUGUAUUUCAUAGUUUAUUGCUCAUGCUUAGUUGACAUUUUCAAGUCGUUAAGCGUCCAGCUUGUCAGUCGUGUGUCACCUGGCUGCUGGUUGCUGUGUGGGAGACAAGCCAACCACACCAUGGUGCUUAAUUGGCUGUGUGUAAUGUAGCUUUGAAGUAAAUAUCAAGAGUUUUAUCAAAAGCCAGGCCGUUAUCAUCAUGUGCUCAUGGGCUGGUGUUUUCCUCUUUCUCCUCUGUUUCCUCAUCAUGCCAGCUCUCCCCCACUCUCUCUCUCUCUCUCUCUCUCUCUCUCUCUCUCUCUCUCUCUCUCCUCUCUCUCUCUCUCUCUCUCUCUCUCUCUCUCUCUCUCUCUCAGGGGAAUCAUGUUGUAGCAUUUGUUUCACCCUGGUGUAUUGUUACUGGUCUGUAUGUCACCAUGGACACAGUGAAGACACCACAGGGAACAUGGCAGCCG